GACCUUCCAGAAUUUCCUGUUACGCUGUCUACAACCAGUCCUCCUUGAGGGAGGAGUGACAAACCUGAUUGGAGGCAAGACCAUUACACUACCAAAGGCUGUCUUUUCUAAUGUUAGGUCUAUCCUAAUCAAUGUGGGAUUUUUGGUUGUCUCACAUCUAAUUUGAUUGGAGGAUUGUUAUUUUUCUCCAGUACAUUAGCUAUACUAUAAGGCAUGAAGGGGUCUGGUAUAUGGCCAAUAAACCAUGCCUGAGGGCUGUAUCCAGGUACUCUGUGUUGUCUGGUUAUACCAUGGCUCUCAGCCAGUCAGGGCUUGACCCACCCAGUUUAUAAAGCCUAUCAACACCUUUUUGUUUUACUACAUACCUUGCCAAAUGUAAACUAGUCCAUACCAUUGUAUUCUAGUUUGUCCUGUCCAAAUUUUAUUUCAAUGUGCCCGAUCAUUAGGUCCUUAUGAUUAUGGAAAGCUGCAAAAUGGUUAACGUUUUGCUAGAAUGUAGUUCUAUUGGAGGUAAUCAAUUUAUAAUAGCUCGCCCCUAGGAGGCUCGUAGACGUGUAAGCAUUACGUCGACGCCAACCAUUUGUCUACAUCCGCCAUUUUAGACACCAAAAGAAGCACUGUCAAAAGUCUGCGUUGACAACCAUAUAAAUUGCAUCAAAGCGAGAUGGAAAAUCAACUCUGCAAGCUCUUUAUUGGUGGACUAAAUGUUCACACCACUGACGGUGGUCUUCGUAAACACUUUGAACAGUAUGGCAAGCUGACCGACUGCGUAGUUGUUCAGAACCAGCAACUGCAGCGGUCUCGCUGUUUUGGUUAUGUAACCUAUGCUACUGCUGAUGAGGCAGACGCUGCAAUGUCCGCCCGGCCUCAUGCCCUGGACGGCAACAAUGUUGAACUAAAAAGAGCAGUGGCACGUGAAGAUGCGGGAAAACCUGAGGCUUUGGCUAAGGUUAAGAAAAUAUUUAUCGGGGGUCUGAAAGAAGACAUAGAGGAUGGACAUCUGAACGAGUAUUUCUCUCAGUUCGGUACUAUCGAGAAGGCCGAGGUUAUUAGCGAUAAUCAAACUGGUAAGAAGAGGGGGUUUGGUUUUGUUUAUUUCGAAGAUUAUGAUUCUGCCGACAAAGCGGUGGUACUGAAGUUCCACCAUAUAAAUGGCCAUAAAGUAGAGGUGAAAAAAGCCCUCACCAAGCAAGAAAUGCAGGCUGCUGGCACCCGUGGCGGGAGGGGAGGAAGGUUUCAAAAUGGAUACGGUGGUGGCUAUGGAGGAGGUUAUGGAGGCAGUGACGGUGGAUACGGCGUGGGGUACAGUGGAGGCUAUGGUGACCAAAUGGGUGGCUACGGUGGGAACGGCUACAGUGAUUUUGGAGGUGGCUAUAGCGACCAGUCAUCUAAUUAUGGCCCCAUGAAAGAGUUGUCGAAAUUGAUAGAUUAUGACACAUUCUUCCUAUGUCCUGCUGGUUAAUGGAUCGCCAGGGAUUGAUUGGACCAAGAUGAGGACAAGUUCCUAUGAGGAGGAAAACUCUUGUCUAUGGCAUCGGGACAACUAAGGUGUGACCCAAGACUGUGCUGAUCCAGCUCUUGUGGUCCUGUCAUCACAGGAUGAAAAAAAAUGUCUGUGAAAGAUGCAGGUUUUUUGAAGGACCUAAUAUCCAUCUGUUGGGAAAGUUGAAACUUUCACUGAAUCAUUCAGAUGUGUAUCCUUGUUUUGUAUUCCAGUAUGUGGAAUCAAUUGCACUGCUUGUACUGUACUCUAAUGGUUAUUAGUCAAUUCAAUAAAUAUAGAUAUUUUUAAAACUUA